GUCAACCGCUGCGGGGUCCGCCAUGGCCGGCCGAGGGAAACUCAUCGCGGUGCUGGGCGACGAGGACACCGUGACCGGGUUCCUGCUGGGCGGCGUCGGCGAGCUCGACAAGCACCGGCGCCCCAACUUCCUGGUGGUGGAGAAGGAGACGGCGCUGGCCGAGAUCGAGGACGCUUUCCGGAGCUUCUUGUGCCGCGAAGACAUUGGCAUCGUCCUCAUCAACCAGUACAUUGCGGAGAUGAUCCGGCACGCCAUCGACGCCCACACCAAGUCCAUCCCGGCGGUGCUGGAAAUCCCCUCCAAGGAGCACCCUUACGAUGCCUCUAAGGACUCGAUCCUGCGUCGCGCCAAGGGAAUGUUCUCCGCCGAGGACCUGCGAUAGGCCGGCUGCUCCUCCAACCAUCAACUCUUCCAUCAAGAGCUUUCCCUCCCUCCCCUCCCCUCUCCUCUCCUGUUGCUCCGCAACAUUUCCUGCCAUUCCUACCCUUCAUCUUGUUGCCUAGGGGUUGUUUCCUGUGGUCACCUACAUUCCCGCUGUUGGGAAUUACUAGCUCUGUAGUGCAUCUGCUGUAUUUUUGGAGCUGGGAGGGUGGGGACACCUGGGAGCUAAUGUCAUGCUUUCUGCUGCAAUAGGAGUGCUGCCACUACUCCCCCCCCCCCCAGCAUAGCUGGAGCUGCGUUCGAGUUCCCUCGGGUGCCGUAAUUGACCAGGGAGCCUCUCUAUAUACUCCUAUGGCCCUUUCUCCCACAAAAGGGGGUCCAAAGGUAUAUUUCUCAGCAGAAUGAUUUGGGAUCUUUCCGUGUCCUUCAAGACUGAUCCCUGGUUGUUGAUGUAGCAAUACACUUACAACCCAAAUCUACACACACACACACUCCUAUCUGUAAAGUGCAAACUGGUGAUCUUUAAUUAAACUGAAAGGCGGAACGUGCAAUUCUGUUCUUGCAGAUUUGUGUCUUGAGGAUGCACGCAGGAGAAGAUGUUACGACACCUCGUCGGAGGUGGUGUCGCACUGGGAAAUAAUUUCUGCCGCUUUCAUUCUGACGUCCUCCGGCAGACCUCUCUGUUGCCCCUGAUUUGCACAAAUACUCUCCACUGUACGGCUUGUUUCUUGCAAAUGUUCUGCCUGGGGUGAGUCUCGGAGAGAAAAUCGACACCCAACUGUAUUCCUCUGUGCUUUACCAUGUUAAGACUUGUGUUGUUAGUUUUGUUCUGAAUAUAAUAUGUAUGUGAUCUUUAAUCAUAGCUAAAACCGUAGUUAUAUUUUUGUGGUUCCUUGUGAACGAACCUGUUAAAUUGAGAGGAGGAACCAACACUUGAGUGGACUCAAUAAAAACUGUCUGUGAAUCACUA